UUCGAAGGCGGCGCGGGGGGCGCGCGCCGGCCCCGGUCUGGUAUGGCGCAGGCCUUGAAUCGUUUAAAAAAAGACUACAGAGCAAGAUUCUGCCAUGGAGGAGGAAAUAAGAUUGAUCUACAGCCAGGUCAAAACGUACUGAAAGUCAUACAGGAUUGUUUUGAAGGUUGCAGCAGUGAUCUUACAAUAAACUCUCCAAAUUGCUCAACGUUUGUUUUGAAAACUGAGAAGAGGACUUCAGUCCAGAGACAAAGCUCCAAGGCAGGGUCAUCCAGCUCUGUGAAAAGAGCCCGUGAACCUGCAGAACCCUCACCUGCAGAACCCUCACCUGCAUCACCGCUAAAACCAGUCAGCAGCAGAGGACAGUCAUGUGAAUCACACCUGAAGACUACAACACCUGAUUGCGUAGCUACUUCUAAAAAGACAGAGUCUCCUGUGUCUAAAAGUGAAAAAAACCAUACUUUAGAAGACAUUGAAGCAUUGUGCCAGCAUCCGGCUGUGCCUUUGGAUCCUGAGAAUCAUCGUGGGUCUGUUGGAUCACCUUUUCCUGUGGAGGAAGCGAAAAGUUCUCCUGUAGUUAAAUUGCAUUUUGAUAACUGGAGUACACCAGCUGCAGCAAAGAGCCGUGGAGAAGUUGAAAAUUUGGAAGGACCUCAGCCUGGGAGAGAUGAGCAGGUUGUUCCUGUGCAGGGAACAGAACGUAUUACUGCAUCAUCUGCCCAGACACAGAAGACUUUCUCUUCAGCUGUCUUAGCAGCUGUAGCAACAAGAACACUUGGACAGAGAUAUUCGACCUUGAUACCACCACCAUCACCUCCUCCUGUGAAAUACCAAGAAAUAGAAAUAGAAAAUGAAUGUGAAUUUUUAAUUGAUGAAUCAGGUGGUGCAUCAUCUUCUUCUUGGAUUUCAAUACCCACUAAGAACAAAAAAUCAAAAAAAGAUGGCUCUGCAACUCCAAUUUCUAAACUUCAGCCCUCUGAAAAGGAGAAGACAAAGAAUAAGAAAGUCAAGAAGAGAAAAGUACAGGUUAAAGCACUUACUAAACAGAAACUGGAUCAUCUGGAUGUUGGGGCUUUUGACGUCAAAGAAAUGUCAGAAUCAGAUUCAGUCUCUAAUAGUGAAGAAAAUGUCCUUACAUCUCAAAGCCAAAGGAGUACUCAUAUGGGAAAGACUAAAAAGGAUGCACUUAGGCAAGACUCUCCAAACCAGAAAAAGAACACAUCCUGGAAACCAGAAGAUGAAGAACUGAUGUUGUCAUGGGCUGGAUUGGAAACAAAACUAUCUGAUGAAGAGCAGUGUGAAACAAGGAUACCAAGUGAGGAUUUGCCUAUGCCCUCAUCUGGGCAUCAGGAAGAGCAGACCGUGUCACUGAAAAAGUCUCUCAAGUCUUCCAAGAAUCUGCAGUUAGCUUCUAAAGCUUCUCAGCAUUUAGUUAAGAAGAAACAAACUGCUAAGCAGGAACUUCCAAAAGUCAAAGUAGCUAAGAGAGGGACAAUAAGUCCAAGGAAGAAACUUAAAACAUCUGUCCAGAAAAGUAGUAAUAAAAAGCCUCAGUUACAAAGAGAGGAGAGUUCUGACAGUGAACCUGGUGAAGAAGAGGUUGAAAGAGAGCCUGUAGAACUGAAUGAAGUGUGCACCACGCCCUUGCAUCAGAAAUUAGAGACUUCCAUGAUUCAGAAGUUGACUAAGUCCAAAAAGCCUAGAAAUGUAAUACACACAUCAGAGUUACCUGGUGGUGCAAAUAACAGAACUCCUCUAAAAGCACUCCAGCAUCCCAUGGAGAAUGUGAAGAAUCCUGGAAAGAAAUGGUCUGACAAGUCUUCAGGGAAGAUACCCAAAAAGAUUCCACGCAGAACCAAGAAAGCUUUUUGCUCAAGCCCUGAAGACCCUGAGUCUCAAACAGAUUCUGACAGCUCUUCUGUACAGGAUAUGGCAAGGAAAAAACAGAAGUUACCAGAUGUGAAAAUAAAAAGUAACAAAAGAAAACAUAACAGACAGCAUGGACCACAGGAUUCCUUUGUAGCUGAGAAGGUUGAGAAUUGCGAAAGUGGGCCUGUUCUAGAAGACGGUGAUAAAUUUGCUUCCAGCACCAAGUCUCCUGAGCAGGAUGAUACAUCUUCAGAUACUUCUGAAGACUCAAAUUACAAAUUAAGACAUCUGUUGUCAGACGAAAUAGCAAGCCAUAAAAUAGUAAUGCCUUCGAACACACCCAAUGUUCGUCGGACAAAAAGGAUACGGCUGAGACCUCUGGAAUAUUGGAGAGGCGAGCGCAUAAACUAUACUAUGAAGCCUUCAGGAGGGCUUAUGAUUAGUGGACUAGUGCAUCCAGAAACGGAAUCUUCCAGGAAGCAUAAAAGGAGGAAGGAUUGUCCCAAGCAGAAAACAGAUAAAACAAAUAGAGGAGAGAUACCUGGAAGUUUGGACCACAGCCUAGCUGAUGCGUCUAAGCCAGCCAUUGUACUGGACCCAGUAACAAAUCAGGAAGUGAAUCUAGAUUGUAUAAACACUGCAAGCAAUCAAGCUUACUUCUUCAAAGAUGAUGCAAUAGAAAUACAAAAAAAAUUGAAUACAUCUCUUUUUGCAACUGGUAGAUUGAUCCUGAAACCAUAUAAAGAAAAAGGGCACCAGUUUGUCGACAUGGAUACAAUAGCUUUCCAUAUUAUCCAUGGCAAAGUUAUUGUGACAUUACAUAAGACAUCAUAUUACCUGACUGCAGGGGACUGCUUCUAUGUUCCAGCAGGAAAUGGAUAUAAUAUACGUAAUCUUCUGAAUGAAGAAAGUGUUCUUCUCUUCACACAAUUCAAAGACAGAACAAGAGCAAGAAAUGUGUUGUUGGACAACUCUUCCCCAUAACUUCACCUGCAAAUUGAAGAUCAUCUAAUGCAGAGGAGUUCUAAAGAAAAUUGAACAUUUUCAUCGGACACCCCAGUUUUAGGGGCAUGUUGUUUCAUUGAUCUUAAAGAUCUUUCUUCAGUGUAAAUGGUAAAUACAUAGUUUGUUAUGAAUUUUCUUUUGUAUCAAUAAAUAUUAAGUAAUGCAAAUCAGUUUUGAUUUGAUUUUAAAUAGUUUUAGAAUCAGUUUUUUAGCAUUCCAUGUGGUUUUGAAAAUGCAGGUAAUUGCAUGAGUUUGACUUGUAAAUAUUUAUGAAUAAAUAUAUGAGUUAUCUUGAGUGGCUUCAAA